AAGAUACGAUCUGAUCCGAUCUCUGAGCUAAUUGUAGUGCGUGUUAGUUCUUAUUUCUUUUUUUUUCGGAUCAAAGUUUUUUUGAGCUACACUUAAAUGGAUAAUCCUGGCUAUGUGAUCGACUGCGAGCGCGAGUUCGGCACCGUGGAAAAAUGCAAGCCCGCUCAGAGGGAAUACAGCUUCGAGGAGGCAAUCACACUGACAGGUGUCGGCAGGUUUCACCUUAAGCUGUUGCUCAUCUGUGGACUCUGCUUCAUGGCCGUCAUGGUUGAGAUUAUGGGCGUUAGCCUGAUAAUGCCAUUGGUCAAAUGUGAUCUCCAGUCAACGAUCGAGCAGCAGGGAAUGCUUGCAUCCGCUGGUUUCCUUGGAGUCGUGCUCAGCUCCCAUGCGAUGGGCUUUCUAGCUGACACCUGGGGACGUGUCGCCACAUUGCGUUAUGCGAUGAUGUUCAGUGCCAUCAGCUCCAUUGUCUCAGCAUUUUCAGUUAACAUCUGGAUGUUGAUCGUAUGUCGCUUCCUCACCGGCUUUUUCAUCUCGGGCGGUCAGGCGUGCGUCUUUAGUCUGUGCGGCGAGUUCCAUGGUAACAAGUCGAGGGUACGACAUGUAACCCUGCUCUCCUGCUUUAUGUGCAUUGCCAUGAUGUAUGCUCCAGCUGUGGCCAUUGGCAUCCUCCCUCUGCAGUUCGACGCAUCGCUUUUCGGGAUGGCUAUAAGCUCUUGGCGUAUCUUCCUAAUUGCGGAUGUAUCCAUUACGCUCCUAGCAUUGUGCGGUCUCUAUAUGCUGCCGGAGACACCAAAGUAUCAGCUAGUGCAGGGCCAAGUCGAAGAGGCUCUGGAAACACUGCGAAACAUUUAUGCACAGAACUCGGGACGAUCUAGCUCCGAUUAUCCAGUGGAGCGUUUGGCCCAACAGAGCGGCGGUGCCAGUCUGUCCAGUGUGCACGGCUUCUGCGAUGCAGUGCGUCUCAUCUGGCAGCAGACGGUUCCACUUUUCUUCAGGUCGCGGGUUCUGCAAACACUGAACAUCUGCCUCAUACAGUUCAUGAUCUAUGGAAUUGCCCAGGGUAUCUUCAUGUGGUUCCCAACCAUACUCAAUGAACUGGGCAAGGAGAGCGCACAGGGUUCGCUACUCUGUACUGUACUGCAGGGCUACAGUUCACCCCAGAAUGUGCCUGAAGAUGGUGCCUGCAUUGUAUCACCCGAUAUCAGCACCUACCAGGUGAUGAUCACCAUUGGCGGCGCCUUCACGAUCAUUUAUCUUAUAUUCGCCUAUACCAUCGAUCUGCUUGGCAAACGGAAUCUGCUGAUUGGAUGGAUGAUGUUGACAUUGAUCUGCCUGGUGUUGUUACACUAUGUAACUCAGUUUGCACCGCUGGUUAUCGCCUUGACCUUGGUGAUGGCUGUUGGCAAUUGUGGCGGACUGGUGAGCACCAUGGCAAUGGAAUUUUAUCCGACACAGAUCAAUGCGAUGGGCAUGUGCUUUAUCAUGAUGAUAGGUCGCCUGGGCGCCGUUGUGGGCAGCAAUCUGAUGGGUCGAUUGCUGUUCAAUAGCUGUGAAGUCACCUUCUGGACACUACUUGGCGUAGUGGUACUGCUCACCUGCAUGUCAUACUUUUUGCCAGAUCGAGCCAGGUCCAAAAACACAUCGCCAACUUCAUCUACGACUCAAAUUAAUUCUAAGUAAACUGUCUAAAAUUAUUGCUUAUUGAAUAAUAUUUUUUUUUGUUAAUUAGUAACCAUAAGUAUUGAAUUAAGCAAGGGCGUUUGUGUGAUUUAUUUUUUUUUUUACACACAAAUCUCUAGAAAAAUUAAUUAUUUUAAUGCCAAAUCUCUUUACAAUUUUUAUUUGAUGCCCUAGAAACCAACAGU